AUGCUGACCCACGGAGACUCCAGUUUAAACUCCACCAGCUGGACUACAGCUGACCUGUUCAGCAGUGGUCUGAUGGGUCUCUGCUUCUUGGUUGGAAUCCCUGGUAAUAUUGCAGUAAUUAUUUUCAUAGUUCGGCAUUUCAAAAAGGACAAUUUCACCGUUCAUCUGAUGCUGAAUCUGGCAGCUGCGGACAUCUUGUGUUUGAUAACCCUGCCCGUGUGGAUCUACAGUGACCUAGAGAGCAUUGACCAAGUAACCUGCAAGUUUUUCAUGGCACUCGUCUACUGCAGCGCAUACUCAAGUGUGAUAACAGUGACUAUGCUGAGUUUGUAUCGUUGUUUACGGAUUCGACAUCCACAUUCACAGUUGUGGACCAUGAUGAGCAAGAGAAGAGAGAGAGCACUGCUGAUCAGCACUUGGGCUCUGGCGCUGCUUUUCUCUUGUCCUGGUGUACUUACACAAGAGAUCAGUCAAAGGGAAUCCAGAAUGGAGUGUGAAAGAAACCUGGAGUCAGAUGCCAGAAGUAUUAUUGCUCUACUGGAGUCAUUGCUUGGAUUCUUUCUUCCUUUCACAAUUAUGCUGACUUCAUAUUAUUUCUUAUACAAAACAGCCACACAGGGAGCAUUCAGACACAGAACAACUAAACUGGUCACACGGAUUGUCAUAGUUUUCUUCAUUUUUUGGGCUCCGUACGAAAUAAUCAAAUUAGAAAAAAUCUGUUCUUUUUUUUUAGGAUCAAAGCCAGUUCCCUCUUCAGCCAGACACUUUGCUGGAACUUUUACAUUCAUCAACAGUUGUGUGGAUCCAUUCCUCUAUGCUUUUUCCUCAAAGAGUUUACAUAAACGCAAACAGCCAAAGGAGCCCAUGGUCACUAAAGGCUCACAACAUUUACCGAAGGAUCAUUCCAUACUUCAUAGUAGUGAACAGCUCACUAGUUAACUAAAGAAUCAUGUCCUAUCAACAUAUGCAGUAGAAACUGGACAAUGAUAGAAGAACCUUUUAAAAAUGCAUUUGGAUGAAUUUCGGAAAGCUAAAUAUAUAGCACUUUUUAAGAGUUUUUGAUGAGUUUAAUGCUUAAAUUUUUCUCUAAUUGCACCUAAUCACCACUGUAAUGCAAAAGCUAUUAUCUUUAUGUAUUAUAUUAUCACUCUGAACUACAGUGCAUAAACAAAUGUAAUGUCUAUACAAUUCAUGAUCAUAUAGUGGGUAAUGUUUAGAUGCAUACUUUUUUGUUAUUCAUCAGUAAUUAUAUAACCUUUUAAGUAUUAUAUAUUUAAGAUUUUACUUUAUUGAAUGGAAAAUGAAUUGUUUUGUGAUUUGAUGCAUUAGUUUUCAUUAAGCAUUUGUUUUUAGAGACUGAAAGGGCUACAUUGUAAUUGAAUACUGUAAAAGCUAAUGACAGUACAGUACAGUGCUUAUCUGUAAGCCAUGUGUGCAAUAAUAUUGGAAA